AUGGCUAUCACAACGGAAUUUGUUGCUGACGACAUCUACAUGUUCCCCCGGGGACAUUUGGAUCCCAGGACAGGCCCCGCGGAGGAGAUGUGCGAGCUCCAGGCUCGGGUUAUCUUGUCCUAUUCGAGUACCCCAAUGCCAUCAUCGGAGGCAACAAACCAGAAAAGACCUCAUGCCUACAGAGAUAGGGAGAGGUUGCUCGUGCACCUACGGCGUGAUUUACCUACGUUGAACGGCAUUGUCCCCCCGCCCGGUGGGGAGGACAUCGUAUUUUGGAUGUAUGUCGCUGGACCAUUCAAUUAUCAGCAGCAGACGCAAUACGGCCAGCCCCUGUGGCAUUCGCUGCCCCGGCCUGGUGCAUGGCGUAUUGUCACUGAUAAGAACAAGAACUUCAUCAUUAUGUUGAUCCAUACGGCCGGCCGGGGGACUAGGAAUGGGUUUCAACGAGUACCAAUGCGGAGGGGCCUGGUGGAGGUGACCCGCAGAGACGGCAUUAUCGUUGAGAUCAAGAUACUCCCGCCAAUAAUGUGA